AUGUCUGACAACCGCGACCAACUCCUCGCCAUCGGCGCCCAGUGCUCAGAGGCUACCUGCCACCUCGUCGACUUCCUCCCGUUCAAGUGCCAGCACUGCAACCUGCGGUACUGCGGGGACCACUUCAAGCCCGACGCGCACAGGUGCAGCAAGUACGACGAGAGCAAGGUCAACCGCGUAGCCCCCGCAUGCCCGCUAUGUAACACCCCCGUCGCGAUUCCGCCAGAGCAGGACCCGAAUAUUAGGAUGGAGCGGCACAUCCAGAGCGAGUGCUCCGUCAUGACCGGGAAGGCGCCCAAGAAAUCCAGCCCGGUCUGCGGGCGGCCCAAGUGCGGCAAAGUACUCUUCGCGCCCAUCACCUGCGAUAAAUGCAGAAAGCAAUUCUGCCCCUCCCACCGCUUCCCAGCGACGCACAACUGCGCCUCCACCGCCUCCUCUGCCCAGUCCAAGCCCUCGUCCUCCCGAUCCCCACCCAUACCCAACAUGUCCAAAGCCCUCGAGGACCUCCCCGCACGGACGAACGCCGCGCUGGCCGCCGUCAAGCGGUCCAUGGCGAGCCAGAGCACGCCUACGGUCAAUUCGCCGCGCGUCGCCGCGCCGGCCGUGAAGCAGGCGAGCUCGGAGUCGAGCAGCAAGUCCGGCCCGGGGGGCAUGCGCAACCCGUUCUCGCAGGUCGACCGACGCGCGAGGGAGGAGAGGGAGAGCCGGAGGAAGGCGAUGCAGGAGCGGGCGCGCAAGGGCUUGCUCUCGGAGGAGGAGAAGCUCAUCCUGGCUGCGGAGGAGGCGGAGCGGGCGGCGAAGAAGGAUGGGGAGUGCAGGGUUAUGUAG